ACCUACAAGAGAAGAUACGCAAGAUGAACAACUCUGAUUCAGACACGCUCAACAGAAAAACAACAACAGCACGUCCAUGUUUCAGUGUUUAACUUCUCGAGCUGUCCACUUUAAACUAGGAAAACCAUCAUUAAAGAUUAAAGAUCAUAUGUUCGGCGUCUCAGAUUGACAAAACAGUAAAAGCUUCAGCUCCGGGCGGCCGGUCGACCCAUCGAGGAGCGAGCCAAACCUCUUCCCCUUAAACACGAAAACUGUCAUUUGCAUUUAGCCCAUACGUGAGAUCUGUCUAACACAGACUCGUCAGCGUUCAAAGGCUGACUUUACAUAUGAUCUUUAAAGGCUACGCUUAAGAAAAAGCCUCGAGGUGAAGUUCUCUAAAGAAAAAGCAAGCAUUAUGAGAGAGUUUAUGCAAUUAUGGAGGUGAUUGAAACCGAAGAAAUAAAAAGAACAAGUCACUGAAGCUCCACAACUGAAACACAAGAGCACUACAAUCGAAAAAGAGAAGUUAUGAAUCACUUUUAGGUUACGUUAAUAAACUCCUGGAAAAAACACAUUUUGAACUGUUAACCAAAACCAACAACUUAAAGGAAAACGGGGGAAUCUCCUUUGUGUUUGUUUUACGCUGGUACAGGAAGUUUGAAGAGACCAUACCACAGGACAGCGCUUUCUCGUGCAUGCCGUGCUCUCUGCCCGCUAUGUGCGACGCCCAGAGAAUGUCGUGGUCAGGUGACACACGGCCUGCAAUGAAGUCCCCGCUGGCAGGUACAAACAAGGACAUCUUAUUCCCCUACAUCAGAGAGAAUCUGGAGGAGUAUCUGUCUGCUCACUGGGAGGAGGACGAGUGCAAACAAGACGUGCAUCUGCUCAAGAAACAGGCUGAAGAAGACCUGCGGCAGAAUAAAGCGUGUCACGUUCAUGCGGUGGACCAGACGGUGCACACGGACGAGGAGAAGGCCAUCCGGGAGGUGGUGGAGGGCGUGCUGUGGCAGAUGGCAGCGGACAGAAAGAGCACUGCGCUCAAACAGCUGCAGGGACACAUGUGGAGAGCCGCGUACAUGACGGGGAGAAUCAGAGGCGAGGUGUACCAGGAUGUGGUUCCAGCCAUCAGACGGUGGAGAGGUGACGGUCUGAAGGUCUUCAUCUACUCUUCAGGAAGUGUGGAGGCGCAGAAGCUGCUCUUUGGCUAUUCAGUCGAAGGCGAUCUCUUAGAUCUGUUUGAUGGUCACUUCGACACUAACAUUGGUGCCAAAGUAGAAAGUAAGAGCUAUGAGAACAUCGCGGAGAGGAUUGGAUGCCAACCGGAGCAAAUCAUGUUCUUAACCGACGUCACACGAGAGGCAAAGGCAGCAGAGGAAGCUGGGGUGAGCGUGAUCCUGGUCGUUAGACCUGGAAACAUGGAGUUAACCGAAGAGGAGAGGAGCCAUUAUAGAGUCAUCACAUCUUUCAGCCAGUUAGAACUGAGCGGGAACGUUUGACAGCACAGAACCGGGUGAAAACCAGCGGCUACUGUCUGUUUUAUUCUGCUGGACUGAAACGCCAAGCCUCCCAGGUGCUUGUUUUUUACACUGAAACCCAUCUAUGAAUUAUCAUACACUUACAUUCUCUGGGAAUGUUUUAUGUGCGGUGUUAAUGUGUAGCAUAUGACAUACUCAUGUCUUUAUCCCCCACAUGUGCAGUGAGAUAGAAUAUGAUCACCUGCCAGCUAGACACAGGUUUAGUGUGACUGUACCUCAUGUCUUAUAAACCUCAAUCUUAAAAGUUGUUGUAAAAUUUUAUUCCAAGUGGACACAUCGAACAAAUCACAUCUGCAACAUUUGGAUACACCAGCACCCGAGAACAGAUGUCUGUUUAAGUGACAAAAUACAGGUUUAUGACUGAUGUCAGAGAUGUCUUACAAUCCUUAACAUCAAGUAUGAAAAACUGCAUAAGAUUAUGCAGGACAGGCUCAAAAUUAAAUGCGGUUACAUGAAUACAAAA